UCGAAGGAAAUGUUAACGAAAAACACGUCGAUGUUUGGAAAUUUACGGGUUAAAUCAUUGUGGUCAUAGGCUUGUACGUUUGAAUUGAAACAUGCUUAAUCAAAAGUACACAUACAUUUAGAAAAAAACCCCGAAAGUGCAUGGUGUAGUAGGUAACUUGUUUGAUAUGAAAUAGUAGUAAAGUUUGUUCUUGCUCUGCCACCUACAUGUUAUUCAGCUUAGGAAAGCUGUUUGUCCUGGAAGUAAGUCUUCUGUUAACAUGUUUCCUUGGCGACCAUCUACUUACACAUCCUGUUACUAACCAGCGAUAUCUGGUUGCCAUUGGUGACAGUCUCACUCAUGGAUUUGUAGGAGCCAUCUCUUGGGUCAUUGUUAUUGAUGCAAAGAACAGACAUGAUAUUGCCCAGUGUUUGCUGUGUUUGAUGUUUGCCAUGGCUGUAGAUGUGGACCAUUUCAUCGCUGCAAAAUCACUUAGCUUAGAGGCAGCCUUGUCGUUACCCUCCCGACCACCAUUCCAUGCCACAACUGUGAUAUUUCUUGUGGACCUUAUUCUUCUCAUCAUGGCAGCCAUUCUAAAAUCUGGAACACCUCUGACUUUAGCCCUCAUGUUCACUGUUGCCUGGUUUUCUCACCAUGUGAGAGAUGGGACUAGGAGGGGGCUAUGGUUACCUCCCUUUACUGAAACACCGCCAUUGUCAGGAUUGGCGUAUUUAGGACUGAUUAUGGUUAUACCUUUGUUAGGCAGAAUUUUAUAUACAAAUUGGUUGCAGUUUUCUACUGACAGACAGUUAAAGAUCAUAGAAAGUAACAUUGUAUAGUGAUUUUAUUAUGAAUUGUUUAUAAUUAAUAAAUCAUUUGGUACUAUAUGCAUUGUGGUCAAGUUUCAAUUAUCUACAAUACAACGAGAGUGGACAAGAAACAGUUUAG